AUGACGACUAAUCUGCUUUGGUUAACCCUAUUGGGAAGUUAUAUAGUCCAGACUAAAUCAUUUUCCAAGAUUUUAGGAAGACCAACCCAUCAUAAUAAUAAUGAUUAUAACAAUAAUAUUAAACUUAACAUCAGUAAGAAUAUUAGUAAUAUUCAUGAUACGAAUAAUUCAAUCACAGAUGAAUCAAUUAAACCAAUUAAAAAUUUGUCUGUUCAAAUUGCCAUAGUAUAUUUUGCAGCAUGGUUUCUUUUAAUCCCUCUGGCUAGAUUUUGGAAUAUUCCAUGUAAAACAUCUUCUUUAGAUUCUAAUGACAUAAAUAACUUGUCCAAUAUAAAUUUAAACCAUGAAGAAUUCUAUAAUAAUAGUGGUAGUAAUAAUAAUGAUAACAGGGAUAAUGGAACGACUAUAUCCAUGCUAAAAAGCAAAUUUAAACAAGUCUCUAAGAUAUUUAUACUAUCCCUAUUAUUAUCGAUAACUGUAUUAUCAUAUACCUUAGCUUUAACAAUGACACCUGCAUUUGAUGUAACGUUGAUUCAAAAUACAUCUAUCUUCGAGAUUACUACUUUGUUAUACGGUGUUUGUGGUGUUGCAAAGAGACAAAAUGUUUUCCGCAACUUUAUUAUUAUGAUGGUGGCUCUAAUUGGGAUUUUAAUUGUAUCUUACACCAACGCUACUUGUGAUCUAUUAGCCGGUAAAUUAUCUAUAAAUAAAGAAACAGGUGAAGUCAAUGAUCCAUUUUUGUUUGAUAGAUUAAAAGUUGCAUUAUUAUGUGGCUUAUGUUCUUUAACUAUGGGACCCUUUGCUAUAUUAUCACAUAAAUGGUUAACAAACCAAAAACUUAUCACAAAUAAGAAGAAUAUUUUUGCAAUUGCCAUAACAUCUAUUUUGUUAUUGGUCCCCUUUAUCCCUAAACAAAGUUCAUUUUGGAGAGAUAUCAACAGCAACAAUAGUUCUGGUUGGUUAUUUUUAAUACUGGCUAUAGUUGGUGGUGUUUUACCAAACAUAAUAUCUAUUAUAUUGCUGACAAAGAAUUCGCCACCUGAAUUUAUUACUACUGCCAAUUUAUCUGUUAUUAUAUUGAUGGGUAUAGUACAAGGAUUAUCUGAAUCUGGUCAAACUUAUGUGGUUAGAUGGGAAGUUAUAGGAUAUCUUAUGUUAACUAUUAGCUCAAUUAUCUUAUUUUUCAGUUUACGUAAUAGGAAAUAA